AUGGUUCGAUUUUGCGUGGAAUCUGGCAGCGUGAUCAAUGCUCCAGCCAAGGAAGUCUAUGACGUUUUGGCCGACUACAACAAGGGCCAUCCCAGGAUUAUGCCACCGCAAUUCUUUGAUGGCAUGAGAGUGCUGAAAGGAAGUGGCGUAGGCGAAGGGACACGCAUCGAAGCGCGCUUUAAUGUGUAUGGAAACAAGGAAACUCUGUUGAUGGAUGUUUCGGAACCAGAAAAGGGUCGAGUUUUGCAAGAGAUUGAUUCCAAGGCAACCAACAUUACACGCUUCAUCGUGGACCCCAUCGAUGACUCGACGACGUGUAACGUCACGAUACAGACCAAGGUCAUGAAAAUGCAAGGAAUUGGGGCUGGCCUGGAUAUGUGGAUCAAGAAGAUUGUACUGAAAAAAAUCUAUGUGGAGGAACUCAAAAUGCUCAAUCAGUUCAUGGAAUCAAAAAGGGCAAUCAAACCGUAG